AUGCGUUCAUCGGGUCUGAUUCAAGUUGGUGUGGAGGAUUCUAGGAAACCAUUCAGCCCCCCCCGCGAGGUGCACGUCCAGGUCACCCACUCUAUGCCACCUCCGAAGAUUGAGAUUUUCAAGUCGUUGGAAGGUUGGGCAGAAAGCAACAUCCUCCCGUAUCUGAAGUCUGUGGAGAGAAAUUGGCAGCCACAAGAUUUUCUUCCGGAUGCUGCUUCUGAGGGAUUUUAUGACGAAGUCAAGGAGCUCAGAGCACGAGCGAUGGAGAUCCCAGAUGACUACUUUGUCUGCUUGGUGGGAGACAUGAUCACAGAGGAAGCCCUUCCCACGUACCAGACGAUGCUCAACACCCUUGAUGGUGUGCGAGAUGAGACAGGUGCGAGCCCCACCUCAUGGGCCAUUUGGACGAGGGCAUGGACUGCCGAAGAGAACAGGCAUGGGGACCUUCUAAACAAGUACCUCUAUCUUUCGGGGAGAGUGGACAUGAGGCAAAUCGAGAAGACGAUUCAGUACCUGAUCGGGUCAGGAAUGGUACGACUUUCUGCUGCAUUUAUAUAGUCUGUUGGUCCUCCAUUCCUACAGGCAUUUCCCUAUCUAGCAGUGCAAUUUCUGCAGAUCAGUCGACAAAUUUUGCGUAAUCUUCACAUACUUUUCUUUACCUGUUCCUUCGAUGUAUAAAAUGUGGAAUUUUUUGUAUAGCUAUCUGCCAGGUUGGAUGUACCCUGGGUUAUGUUCCACUGGGCGAAUUUAUAAAAUGUAGUGCUCUAGUUGUUUACGAGACCUUUCCUCAUAGAGUUGAAGGCAACCUCGAAAAGAAAGCUCAUUCAUUUAUCUGCCCUCAGUUUUCCAUGGGCUCCAUUGAAAAGGAAAUGCACUUAUGCCCACUUCUGAUUUAUUUCUGGACAACUCUGCAUGAUGUGGGGGUGGCUGGCUGGCUGGCUGGCUGGCUGGAGGACAUAGGUUCCCAAGACCGUGUGCUGAAAUGGUCCAAUGCCGAUUUUCAAGAAGCCUAGUGUUAAUCCAAUGUCGUCCUGUGUUAUCCAUGGAAGGGCCUGCUUAGCUUUAUAUGGGGUGCCUGUUGCCUCCUUGGAUGAAUUCUGGCAAGUGGUGGGGAGAUGUUUCCCCAGGAUUGGCUUUGAAUGAGGGUUGAAGACAACAUGAUCACUUAGCUCGUGUAGCCUUUUCAUUUAGCCAUCAUGUUGCUUAUAGACCGACAAGUAACUUACAUUCCAACUCUGAAGGAUUUUCAACUAGUGAAGGGGCAAUCCAGAGACUUGCAAGUGCUAUGUGGAAAGAAGGGGAGAAACAACGGAAUAUUUGUAAUGAUCGGAAAGCUAUUCAUUGAGGGACAGAUUUAUGCCACUUUGAUUGCCAUCGCCUGCAGUCGGCUGAACCCACCCUAUCAAAUUAUUUUCAUAAUUGCCAAUGUUGCGUAUAUUUAUAUGCACAUAUAUAUGGAAUUAAAAGCGUCAAUGGCUUGACGAUACAUUUUGUAUUUUUUCAACCGAUUUUCUCUCUGCCUAUCGUCGCAUAGUUUUAAAAUGGGUCUCCCCCAGCCCUGGAGGGACGGAUUAGGAAUCACUGCCGAGAUGGUUUUCUGGCGUUUUCUUCGUCACCGAAUCUCUGAACACUGUUUGGUCUUUAAUUCAGAGCCCCCUGCAGUUUGUUCGAGUUGAAUUUUGGCACUUGGACUGUGAUGAACUGCAAUUUUUAUCACCCUCAGCCUCUCAUCUGUUUCUAUGAUUGUUUUAGGAUCCUCGGACCGAGAACAGCCCGUAUCUUGGAUUCAUUUACACAUCUUUCCAGGAACGAGCGACCUUUAUUUCCCAUGGAAACACCGCCAGACUUGCCAAGGUACAUGGAGACCUCAAGCUGGCGCAGAUAUGCGGCACGAUCGCUGCCGACGAGAAGCGCCACGAGACUGCGUACACCAAGAUCGUGGAGAAGCUCUUCGAGAUUGACCCAGACGGCACGGUGCUCGCAUUUGCGGACAUGAUGAAGAAGAAGAUCUCAAUGCCGGCGCACCUGAUGUACGACGGACGCGACGACAACCUGUUCGAGCACUUCUCGGCCGUUGCCCAGCGGCUAGGCGUCUACACCGCCAAGGAUUAUGCGGAUAUUCUCGAGUUCCUGGUCGGGAGAUGGAAUGUGGAGAGCUUGGACGGUCUGUCCGGGGAAGGGAAGAGGGCCCAGGACUUUGUCUGCAGCUUGGCCCCGAGAAUCAGGAGGCUGGAUGAGAGGGCCCAGAGCAGGGCAAAGCGUGCGGAGCCCGUUCCUUUCAGUUGGAUCUGCGACAGAGAAGUCCAGGUCUGA